UCUGGGGCGAAAUUGCCACUUUGUCUGCACUGGGUUAAGUUAACGUUGCUGGGAAUUCUUUGCUUGCUAAAAAAGCAGAAUGUCUGCAGCGUCGGAGACACCGGCUGCUUUGUUUACAUCUACAACCGUAUAUUCUCUAAUCGCUUGCGCUGCACAGUUCACGGUGGGCUACUUACUCGCGCUGCUAUGGGGCAGAAAAUGUACAGGAACGGACAGAUGGGUGCUAGUCUGGCUGUUUUAUGAUUCCAUUGUCCACAUUACAUUGGAGGGUCCGUUUGUUUACAUGUCACUAUAUGGAACUGUGGCCACCUCAGACAACAUCUGUGCUGAACUGUGGAAGGAAUAUGGAAAGGCAGACGCACGCUGGCUACACUCGGACCCCACUAUAGUCUCCCUGGAGUUGCUCACUGUUGUCCUGGACAGCUGCCUGGCUCUAGUCCUUGUUUAUGCUAUUCUCAAGGAUAAAUACUACAGGCACUUUGUCCAGAUCACACUGUGUGUGUGCGAGCUGUACGGAGGCUGGAUGACAUUCUGCCCAGAGUGGCUGCUUGGGAGCCCCAGUCUCCACACCGCAAACUGGCUGUACCUCUGGGUGUACCUGGUCUUCUUCAACGGUGUGUGGGUCGUGGUACCUGGACUGCUGCUGUGGCAGUCCUGGCUGUCACUCAAGAGAAGUCACCAGGCUCAGCCAAGCAUGUGUGAGAAGAAGGCGCAGUAGACAGAGGGCUCAUUCCAAUUGCUCAUUUUAUCCAUUCCCUGUCUCCGCGGUCCUCAACUGACUCAGAAAUCGAUUAAGGUCCACCGUUAUCCGUUAACACUCUAUGGGAUAAAUGAGGCACUAAUACUAUAUAAUACUCCUUUGUAUAGUAAAUAUGAUCAUAUGAUCAAAUGUUUCGGUAUCCAGAAGAAGUAAUGGAGACAAUGGCAUGCUUUAAAACACAUGGUACAAGGGUGUCUUGGUAACACAAAUUGUGUUGAAAAAAAUAUGUUUUUUUUAAGAGAUGAAUAUUUGCUACAUUUACUACUGGCACUGCUAUCGGGCCGUUCCGUGUCAACUGAAAUUAAGUGCACCACAGCAUCUUUUCAAUUUCUUAAUUUCUUUUGUGUGGCGGUAGGCAAUGAUGAGUUGAGUUGAAAUUGAGUUUCAUACGCUGCUUCGUUUUUGUGCUAGAGACUGGCAAGAAAUUCGUUUCGCAAUGUUUCAAGUGGCCUACAAGCAAACUACCAAAUAAUUUGAUAUUCUGUAUCUUGGGAAUUCUUAGUGUGAAAGCAAAGCAAAUCUUGUCAAAAAACAUUGAUCUCUUUUUUUUUUCCCAAAUAUUAAAAGUGUUAUUUUCAAGGGGUCAUAUCUCAAAAACUGAACACAUUUUAAUGUUUUUGUUGGUCUUUUGAGAGACCAUACUCCAAUAAAAUUUUCUAAUAAAUCAGGUGAUUAACAACAAA